AUGGCAGGCUUACUAAGAGCGACACCACGUCCACGUCUCUGUUUCAUAAUCUGUGUUUCUUCCAUUUUACUCCUCAUCCUCUUCUGCAAAGAAUUAAGAGACAGGCAGCACGAGGAGAGGCACAAAAGAGACCUGGACUACCUUCUGAACUCCACAGAAAUCCCUGCAGAGCACAUCGACCCGGCUGCCAUCGACCUCACCCCCCUGGUCAAUACUUUAAUAAAUACGAGCCAAUCAGGCUCCCGUCAGCUCUUCUCCCUCCUCAGCGUGACAUCCUACAGCUCUCUGGCUCUCCAUAAGCUCACCCUGUUGGUCUAUAACAUUUCCAGCAUUCAAAGUUUAGAGAGUAACGUAUUCAGGAGGAGAUUCUGCUACUGUGUCACCAAUGAAACCAACGACCUCACAGACUUUACGGCCAUUCUCCUGGACGUGAUGGGAAACUCAACAAGUUACCUGCAGGAGAUCUUUAAAUCUGCCUCCAUAUUAUCAGUAAGCCAGAGGAACAACUCGGACUGUAUUUACAUCUGUGUGAUGGCCGGUAAGAUGGGCAGGGAGGUUCCGGAGCUGUGGGAGGUUGACUCCAUCAUCCCACUCUUCAACCAGACAAUCGUGGAAGGACCACACAGAGGUAACGUCUCCUCCAUCAGACUCCCCGUGGAAUGGAGCCAACUGCCCACGAAUCUGAGUCACGUCUCUCCAUCUGGGAUGAGCUCCAUGUUAACCAGCAGAGUCCAUUCGACGGUACAUGUUUCAGCUCCUACAGUGGAGGAAACUGCUGCUCCAUCAACCAAAAUCACAGAAACAUCUCCACAACCUGCAACCAUCGAGCCCCAACGUCAGACUACAGCCGACAGACCUGAGACAACAACACAGACAACGCCACAAACAACGCCACAAACAACGCCACAAACAACGCCACAAACAACGACACAGACGACACAAAGAGCAACCACACAGGAAGUAACGAUACACGCAGUGGUGAAGGCACAAACUAAGGAUACAGAAAAAUCUACAUUCAUGACAAUGUUACAACCAGUCACAUCAACAGAACCCACAACAACCCGACUGGUUACCACGGCAACUGUUACUUCUACAACAACAAUUACGACCCAAACAUCCACAGCAUCAACCGACGGAACGACGUCCUCACCAGGAAUUAGUCUGACCCCGCUGACUUCAGCCUCACAGCAUCAAAGUAGGACAACCCGGUACCCGACUUCCACUGCUUCUCCAACAAGGCUUACACCCUUCCAACACACUGAGGGACCCAUACUGGCAGAAAGGACUACAGAACCUCUUAGCAAGAGAACUACAAUACCCAGCAAGACAGUGGAAACAGAAAAACCAGGUUGUCCCUGGAGACGGCCGGAUCGGACGGACGCCUCGGCCUCCUUGGGCAGCACGACGACCGUCAGCGCUCACAAGCUGCAGCCCUGCGUCUUCGAGCUCUGCAAGUUCUUCUCUCAGUGUCUCUGCAGACCGUUCAGCCACAAGACGCGCAUGAAAAGAUACUGUGACGACAGCCACCUCUGGUAUGAAAAACACACGUCGGAGGUGUGUCGGCGGGUCAGGAGAGUCUCCUUCUCCAGAAAUCUGAAACAGAGAUGCCUGAUGAAGAUGUGCAAUAAACUGUGA